AUGAAGGACACUCCAGCCGAUGAUGAUGCCCAGCUGGCUCAGAUGGGCCACAAGGCUGAGCUGAAGCGGAAUUUCUCAACGCUGUCAAUGCUGGGUCUGGCUUUUGCGAUCCUGAACUCAUGGACUGCGCUUUCAGCGAGUCUGUCGCUCAGUCUUACCUCGGGUGGAAGCACCAGUGUCGUGUGGGGUCUUGUUACUGCUGGAGUGUGUAAUUUGUGCAUGGCAGCGUCCCUGGCGGAGUUCCUGUCUGCAUAUCCCACAGCUGGAGGACAAUACCAUUGGGUCGCAGAAUUCGGGUAUACGUCGAUGAUGGGUCUAACGAUCGAAGUUUCCUGGGAGAAGUGGGUGCCUAUCCUGUCAUGGAUCACUGGCUGGGUCAAUGUCGCUGGCUGGGUCGCUCUCGUGGCUACCGGUGGUCUACUGGGAAGCCAGUUGAUCGUUGGUGUUAUUUCUCUGAUGAAUCCAGCAUACGAAGCGCAGCGCUGGCACCAGUUCCUCAUUUACAUUGGUUACAACAUUGCCGCCUUCUGCGUAAACGCUUUCAUGAACUCGGCCUUGCCGUGGGUCACAAGAGGAGCUUUUACGUGGUCGAUUACCGGUUUCGUGAUCAUCUCGAUCACCGUACUCGCAUGCGCAUCACCGAACUAUAACUCCGGAAAGUUUGUCUUUACGGAAUUCAUGAACCAGACAGGCUGGCCUGACGGUAUUGCUUGGCUACUGGGACUCCUUCAAGGAGGACUGGGCGUCACUGGAUUUGACGCAGUUGCGCAUAUGAUUGAAGAAAUACCAAAUGCUUCGACCGAAGGACCAAAGAUCAUGGUCGCUUGUGUUGGAAUCGGUACCUUCACGGGUGCCAUCUUCCUAAUCGUACUGCUCUUCGUGGCCGGCGAUAUCGAGGGAGUCAUCAAUUCUUCUGCCGGACCGUUGCUGCAAAUCUUGAAGAACGCAACGAACAGCAAUGCUGGCGCUAUUUGCUUGUUGGUCAUUCCGCUCGUGUGCAUGCUCUUCGCAACUAUUAGUAUCAUGACUACUAGCAGCCGUAUGAUCUAUGCAUUUGCCAGAGAUGGCGGUCUUCCCGCAUCGACCUUUUUCUCCCGAGUCCAUCCUAGGCUCGGACUUCCCCUGAAUGCUCUUUACAUAACCACCGCACUGGUCAUUAUCUUCGGCUUGAUCUUCCUCGGCUCUUCAAGCGCCUUCAAUGCAAUCGUUUCCGCUUCCGUAGUCGCCCUUGACCUAUCCUACGGAAUCCCAAUUGCCAUAAACUGCAUCCGUGGACGGAAAAUGCUCCCACCCCGACCAUGGAAGCUUAAUCCCGUCUUUGCCUGGGUAGCCAAUAUGAUCUCCCUAGCAUACAUCUCCCUCACGACUAUCCUCUUCCUCUUCCCUCCUUCGAUCCCCACCACAGGAAGCGGCAUGAACUACUGCGUCGUUGCAUUUGGUAUUAUCAUCGUCAUAUCCGUCAUCCAAUGGAUCGUCGACGGUAGAAAGAACUUCACAGGACCAAGAAUCAACGUGGACGAGUUCCCGCAGACAUUGAGCGGUGUGCCUGUGUAUGCGGAACCGAAAGCUUCUACAACGGAAAUGGACACAGCUGAGAAAUAA